AUGAGGCUUGAGCAGCUAAACGGUAAAAGGGGGAGAAUCUUCGGCGUCAUCCAUUUCUCAACUCUCAUCGCCCUCUUGGGUGGCUCCACUCUUGUGGCUGGUGCUUCAGGUUCUGACAUAGCACCUCUGGUCGAGCGCGCGGAUUGUACUUUCACGUCCGCCGCUAAUGCCAAGGCCUCAAAAACUACCUGUAGUACUAUCAUCUUAAGUAGCAUUGUGGUGCCCGCUGGUAUCACUCUAGACUUAACGGGUCUCAAUGCGGGUACCAAGGUUAUCUUCCAGGGACACACGACCUUUGGUUACUCGGAGUGGAAGGGACCUCUUGUCUCCAUAUCUGGAAAAGACAUUACCGUUUCUGGCGCAUCUGGAAAUUCCAUUGAUGGUGGUGCGAGAUGGUGGGAUGGACUUGGAUCUAAUGUUUCAAAGGGCAAAGGCAAAGUUAAGCCAAAGUUCUUUGCCGCCCACAAGUCACUGGUUUGA